CGCAUGCCCGGGCAUCCCGGCCUCUGAUUGGCUCUCCGAGGAAAGCCUCGUCGAAGGGGGCGGGGCUUCGCGAUCACGUCACCGGGGAAACCCCCGGCAACUUCUCUUUGACUGGGCGCGCCGGGACAAGAAGCUGGCAGAACGCGGGAGAGAGAGAGCCGAGAGCAUCGUCCGCACCGUCGACUCCCGGCGCUGCUCUGAAGGCCCGUCGAAAAAAAACAACCUCCCGCUGGAUCUCGCUGCGCCGGAGAUGAUGCCGAGCAAAACGCCGCGCAAAAGCGCGCCGCGCAACCCCGCGCCCCCAGACUCGGAGGCAGUAAAGGAAUGCGCUCUUCAGCUACGCAGGAUGGGGGACAAGUGGAACCUCCGCCAGAAGAUCCUCAACCUGAUUUCAAAGCUUUUCUGCCCUGAAACGUGAGAGCGCUUUAAGGAAAAGGAAAGGAAAUGGAGGAAGAGAAAUCAAAGAAAAUUUCAGAAGACCCGACUUUUACAUGUGUGGAGUCGUAAAAAGAGACUUCCGUAAGACAGAGGAGGUGAAACGUUUCCUGUGCAUUUCUGCAGCCAGUUUCCUGUGGAGAAGGAAAAGGCUCCUGUGAUAUGAUUUCUUCAGAAAACGUUCGUGAAAGUUUGCUUGCAAACGGAAGGAACUGGAGAAGGAGAGAACUGGAAUUUACUGUUUACCAGCGACGUUGGGCUGUGAAGGGCACUGGGAAAGGAAGGAAUCUGGGAGGGGUGCCCCAACCCAGAGUUCAACGUUCUGAUUUCCAUAGGUCUCGAAUUCAUUCACCCAGCUGUUAUACUGUAUUGAAAAUUUAUGGGAUUUCAUGCAUGCCAGCGAUCAACAUUCCACCACCACCCUGCUCUGAACUCUGGACAGUGCAAAUCAGUUUAUCAGCUCUUUGUAAUUCCCAUUUCCUAGGAAUUGGAAUCCCAGGCUAAACUCAGCUAGGGAAAGGAGUAUUUUGCUUGUGUGCUUGUUACAGCGAAAUGAAUGUAAGCUGUUACAUAGAAUCAUAGAAACGUAUAGUUGUAUAAUCAGCUACGUAAUACAU